AUGCAUACCUUCACCCUAACCCUCCUAUCCCUCCUCCCAUUCUCCCUCGCCUCAACCCACUCCCGACCCAACGACUCCGGUUCAUUCUCCUCCCUAACCCAAUCCUACUACCCCCCAACAGCAGAUUGCAUCGACCACCUAAUCCCCGUCCCGAUAACCUCCUCAAACUUCUUCUUCAACUUCACAAAAUGGACGUCGGACCUCGAACUCACCGAUUUCCUCUCCAUCGCCACGACCCGUCCGUCCGCUGGCUUCCCAGGCGUGCUCGAGCCGCCGACGGCUCCAGAGACCGCAACUUUUGAAAUCGCAGCGAGUUUCUGCACGCCGAAGAUCAAGAACGGAAAGGAGAAGACCGUGAUCUUCGCGACGCAUGGGAUUGGACCGGCGAGAGCACAUUGGAAUAGUCCGUGGCGGCCCGAGGAGUUUAAUUUUGUGCAGGCGGCGGUGGCGGAGGGGUAUAGUGUGUUUUUCUAUGAUCGGUUGGGGUGUGGUGCUAGUCAGAAGAUCUCCGGAUUCAAAAACCAACUCAGCAUUGCAACAUCCAUAAUCCAAGUCCUCACCUCGUUCGUACGAGCCGGACAAUACACAGGCGACAUCAAGGCCGAGAAAAUCGCCCAUAUCGGCUUUUCGUUUGGCGCGUUAGCUACUCAUGGGGCUAUCUCGAUGACACCGGAGAUCUCAGACGCGGUGAUAUUGACUGCGAUUGGGUUCAACAGCUCGGGAUUGAACGUUAAUGGGCUUGCGAGGAGUUUUGUGCCGCGGAUUGCAGCAUUGCAGAAUCCGCGAUUGUAUGGGGAUAGGGAUAAUGGGAUGGUGACAUGGGUUGAUAAGUUUGCGCAGGUUCAGAAUUAUUUCAAAAAGCCCAAUUUCGACGAAGCGACUAUCGAUUUCGUUGAAGCCGCCAAAGAACCAUUUGCUAUCACCGAAUUCCUGACUCUCCUAACUGGUCCAACGGACGCUAGUAAUUUCACGAAACCAGCGCUCCACAUCUCAGGAGAACAAGAUUACAUAUUCUGCGAUGGUCUUUGCACAGGCAUAUUUGAAGAACCAGCACGAACAAUCUAUAAGAACGCAAAUCCGUUGCAGUUGACGCUGCAUCCGGGGGCGAGUCAUAAUAUUAAUUUUCAUCAUAAUGCGACGGGGGCGUAUAGGGUUAUUACUGAUUUUUUGAAGAAUAAUGGGUUGUAA